AUGUUAAAAGUUUGGUCAAAUAAUGAUUCAAAUUUAUUUCCUUUCGAAAAACUUGGUGAUUAUCCAUUUAUUGUAAAAUUAUUGCGAUUAUUGGAUUAUCAUUAUACAUAUAGAAACACAACUGAAAUCUUUUUCGUACGAAUACCACUUAAUAAAAUUGACAAUCCAAUACGAACUGCUAUUGUAAUAUGUUCAAAAGAACAAAAAAUAAAAAUUUAUUUGAACAAUCUAUGUCAAAUAAUUAAUAUGAGUUUUGAAAUGCAAACAAUGACAAAUUUCAAUUUUAAUAUUUUACCAAAUAUAGAUGCUAGAAUAAAAAAUAUAGGUAUUUGGAAAUAUGCACUCUGUGAAGAAUAUAUUCGACGUCUAUUUACUUAUAGUCUAUCUUAUAUAGCAGUUGAUUAUAAACAAUUAAAAGAAUAUAGGCAACAAGUAAAUACAUUUAGAUUUAGUAAAAAUCAACAACAAUUCGAAAAUGAAUUACUUGUUCCAUUCAAUGAACCAUUUGAAGAGAAUCUAUGGGAGAAAAAGAAAAAACAAAUUGAUAUUGACGAAUUGAAAUAUUUUAAAAAUAUUAAUGAAACUAACGAAUCAACUAUACAAUUAUUUGGUAAUAAAACUUAUCUUGUUCUUUCGAAAUCUAUUGAAGAAUGGUUCGAAUAUACAUUAAUUCUCGAUAUUUCUAUACCUAAUUUGCCGGUAACAAAUGAACAUUUAACAAUUUUCUCAAUGAAUUCAGAAUCUGAAAUUUAUAUUACACAUAGUGGUCAAAUUUGUCUAUUCAAUGAUGGAAAAUUAAAUCAAAGUAAAACUAUAUUGAAAUUAAACGAAUAUAUGCGUUUACUUAUAAUUGUUCAAAAGAAAUAUAUUGAUAUUUAUUUAAAUGGAAUAUUGCAGAUACGUUCCAAUAUUGAUAAUGAUCAAUUUGUAUUAAAAACUAAUCGAAUUCAUUUGUUUCAAGAAAUAGAUUUACUCAUGAAUACUACAAAUGAUGACAUAGUUCGAAUUGAAUGUAAAUCAAUUACAUUUCUAAAUCGAUUAAUAGAAUCCGAAUGGAUUACUAAACAAAUGAAAUCAUCAAACUAUUCAUUAGAAUCAUUGGUUGCACCACCUUUUUCAUUGAUUGCAUCAAAUUUAAUUGCAAUUGGUUACAAAGAUAAAUGGAUAAAAUUAGCCAUGAAAAAAUAUAAUACUACAAAUAGUCAAUUAAUUGAUACGAUUAUACGUGAAAAUAAAAAUGAAUUUUUAAAAUCAGAUCAUGACAAUUUACAAAAACAUCAUUUAAUCAUUUUGUCAAGAUUAAAUCCAUUGAUUGAACUAGAAAAUAUUUCAGAGCUUGAUAAUGAUGAAGAAAUAACGGUCAUAGGUCAACUUAUAUGUGAUCAUGAAAAUUCAACAGAAACAUCAAAGUUUUUNUAUCUUUUAAAAUAA